UACCCUUCCCCCAACUACAGCUCCUGCCCCUGCUCUGCCCUCUCCCCCCAGUGCAACCCUUCCCUCAAGCCCCCUCUUCUGAGUGACAUAGCUUUAGGGAUUACUGGGGGCCCUAGUAUGGGGCGACAUCAGCAAUCUGUGUAUCUCAGUUUCCCUGCAGCUUCCACUGCCACAAACAAAAGAGAUGAACAUCUUUUGAAAAAAAGAAAUGUCCCUCAAGAAGAAAGUUUAGAAGACUCUGAUGUUGAUGCUGACUUCAAAGCACAAAAUGUAACACUAGAAGCUAUAUUGCAGAAUGCCACAAGUGAUAACCCUGUGAUCCAAUUGAGUGCUGUUCAAGCUGCAAGAAAACUGUUAUCCAGUGACAGAAAUCCGCCUAUUGAUGACUUAAUAAAAUCUGGAAUUUUACCAAUUCUGGUCAACUGUCUAGAAAGGGAUGAUAAUCCUUCGUUACAAUUUGAAGCUGCGUGGGCACUGACUAACAUAGCAUCGGGCACAUCUGCACAGACCCAAGCUGUGGUACAGUCAAAUGCAGUACCCCUCUUUUUGAGACUGCUUCACUCACCACAUCAGAAUGUUUGUGAGCAAGCUGUUUGGGCUCUUGGAAAUAUUAUAGGUGAUGGUCCUCAGUGUAGAGAUUAUGUCAUAUCACUGGGAGUUGUCAAACCUCUUCUGUCCUUCAUCAAUCCCUCCAUUCCCAUCACCUUCCUUCGGAACGUCACAUGGGUCAUUGUAAAUCUCUGCAGGAAUAAGGAUCCCCCACCGCCUAUGGAGACAGUUCAGGAGAUUUUGCCAGCAUUGUGUGUUCUCAUAUACCAUACAGAUAUAAAUAUCCUUGUGGACACUGUCUGGGCUCUGUCCUAUCUAACCGAUGGUGGUAAUGAACAGAUACAGAUGGUCAUCGAUUCAGGGGUUGUACCUUUUCUAGUUCCUCUUCUGAGCCAUCAGGAAGUUAAAGUUCAAACAGCAGCAUUGAGAGCAGUGGGCAACAUAGUAACUGGUACUGAUGAACAAACACAAGUUGUUCUCAACUGUGAUGUUCUUUCUCACUUCCCAAAUCUCUUGACGCAUCCGAAAGAGAAGAUAAACAAGGAAGCAGUUUGGUUCCUUUCCAAUAUUACAGCAGGAAACCAGCAACAAGUUCAAGCUGUAAUAGAUGCUGGACUAAUCCCUAUGAUCAUACACCAGCUGGCUAAGGGGGACUUUGGAACACAAAAGGAAGCUGCUUGGGCAAUUAGCAACCUGACGAUAAGUGGAAGAAAAGACCAGGUUGAAUAUCUUGUUCAACAGAAUGUAAUCCCACCAUUCUGUAGCUUACUGUCAGUGAAAGACUCUCAGGUGGUCCAGGUAGUCUUGGAUGGGCUGAAAAAUAUUCUGAUAAUGGCUGGUGAUGAGGCUAGCACAAUAGCUGAAAUUAUUGAAGAAUGUUCAGGUAAGAAUUUGUUAGGCUUUUUAGAACUUAUUUGCUGGGGGAUCACUUUGUCUUCCUUGUUCAGAGCCAAUGUAGUACAGAAGGCAGGGUUUCUAAAAUGUGGCCACCAGCUUGUUUUUUUGCUGCCAUGACAGCCUCCCUGAUUUGGGGGCAGG